AGACAGGCACUGUGAGCGGGUAAAUACUUCCUCAAACACGCUGCUCUGCUCAUUCUGCUCUCAACUUAAAACAGCACUGCACUGAGAAUAAGAGACGAGCUAUUGAAACCUCGCGGACUUUGAAGCUGUGAUCUCUCACCAUGGCUCCGUUCCUGCGGAUUGCCUUUAAUGAAUUUAACCUGGGAGAACUUCCUCCGAUGACAGAGCAACCGUUCUGUGCCAUCAAGAUGAAGGAAUCGCUUAGCACAGAGCGGGGGAAAACACUGGUCCAGAGGAAGCCCACCAUGUACCCUGCAUGGAAAUCCACAUUUGACGCUCACAUCUAUGAGGGUCGUGUCAUACAGGUGGUCCUGAUGAAAACAGCAGAGGAGGCUCUGUCAGAAGCCACGGUCGGGGUUUCUGUUAUUGCUGAACGCUGUAAAAAAGGCAACGGGCAUGCAGAGUUCUGGGUGGACCUGCAGCCCUCGGGGAAGGUGAUGAUGUCCGUCCAGUUUUUUGUGGAGGAUACAGAUCUAGACUCAAAGGCCUCAAUGACUGCUAAAGAUGAAGACGGUAUCCUCACGAUAAACAGAAGGAGAGGAGCCAUCAAACAGGCCAAGGUUCACUUUAUCAAGAACCAUGAGUUCACAGCCACCUUCUUCAAACAGCCCACCUUCUGUUCCGUCUGCAGGGAGUUUGUGUGGGGUCUCAACAAGCAGGGCUACAAAUGUAGGCAAUGCAAUGCAGCCAUUCAUAAGAAGUGUAUUGAUAUGAUUAUUGGGAGAUGCACAGGAACAGCAACCAACAGUCGAGAUACAAUGUUCCAGAAGGAGCGCUUUAAGAUCGACAUGCCACAUCGCUUCAAGACAAAUAACUAUAUGAGCCCCACUUUCUGUGACCACUGUGGGAGUCUACUGUGGGGAAUGGUCAAACAAGGCCUUAAAUGUGAAGAUUGUAGCAUGAACGUCCAUCAUAAAUGCCAGACAAAGGUUGCCAACCUCUGCGGAAUCAACCAGAAGCUCCUAGCUGAGGCCUUGAAUCAAGUUAGCCUGAAAUCUUCUACAAAGCGUCCAGAUCCCACUCUGUCAGAAAUCGGAAUCUAUCAAGCCAUAGACAAAAACGUGCCAGCGGACCCUAGUGCGGAGGGCUCUCAGUUUGGGAAAUUCUGGGACAUCACGCCCCUAUCUGUCCCUGCUAGCACCAACGUCUCCACAGCUCGUGUCUCCAUGAACGACUUCGUGUUCCAGAAGGUGCUGGGCAAAGGCAGCUUUGGAAAGGUGAUGCUCGCUGAACUGAAAGGAAAGGGCCAAUAUUUUGCCAUAAAGGCCCUGAAGAAAGAUGUGGUGCUGAUGGACGAUGAUGUAGAGUGUACAAUGGUGGAGAAACGAGUCUUAGCUUUAGCCUGGGAAAACCCUUUCCUCACACACCUCUACUGCACUUUUCAGUCAAAGGAGCACUUGUUUUUUGUGAUGGAGUAUCUGAAUGGAGGAGAUCUGAUGUUCCACAUUCAGGAUAAGGGCCGCUUUGAUUUGUACAGAGCCACGUUUUAUGCUGCUGAAAUCAUCUGUGGACUACAGUAUCUCCACUCUAAAGGCAUUGUAUACCGAGAUUUGAAGCUGGACAAUGUGAUGCUGGACAAGGAUGGACAUAUCAAGAUAGCAGACUUUGGGAUGUGCAAAGAAAACAUGAUUGGAGAGAACCGAGCCACCACCUUCUGUGGCACACCAGAUUACAUUGCUCCAGAGAUCCUGCUGGGACAGAAGUACAGUUUCUCUGUGGACUGGUGGUCAUUCGGCGUGCUGCUCUACGAGAUGCUGAUCGGACAGUCUCCGUUCCAGGGCGACGAUGAAGACGAGCUGUUCGACUCCAUCCGCAUGGACGUCCCGCACUAUCCCCGCUGGAUCACCAAAGAGGCCAAAGACCUGCUGGAGAAAUUAUUUGAGCGCGAUCCGACUCGGCGGCUAGGUGUUGUGGGGAAUAUCCGUGGACAUGCUUUCUUCAAGACAAUCAACUGGCCUGCGCUGGAGAAACGAGAGGUGUCUCCUCCGUUUAAGCCAAAAGUGAAAUCCUCCAGUGACUGCAGUAACUUUGACCGCGAGUUCCUCAGCGAGAAGCCCCGUCUCUCUCAGAGCGACAAGAACCUGAUAGACUCCAUGGACCAGACUGCCUUUGCUGGCUUUUCAUUCAUAAACCCCAAAAUGGAGAGCCUAAUAGACAAAUGAGGCUGCAGGAACCAGGAGUUCAACCAGUGUUACACUUGUCAAACUUUCUGGAGGAUCCACAUAGAUAACGCUGUAUUUAUGUCUUCUUUUAAUCAGCUGAUCAAAACUUCAAUCAGAAGGACUUUAUUUGAUGAUGUACUAUAUAUAUUGUUAUUGUAAAAUCCCUAGUUGAUAUAUAUGUAUGUAGAAGUUUAUUUGACAAAAAAAAUUCCUUGCUAUCAGAAGCAUUACAUGCACAUGGUUAAAGAGACAGUACACACCAAAACCAAAAACUCCCCCUCCAAUUGUUCCAAAUCAGUUUGAGUUUCAUUUCUCCCCUGAAAUCUAAGCCGGUGUUCUGUCGAUUUGUCCUACUUUGUCAGAUUGUUAUACCUCCCAUCCCAAAAUUACGUAGCACGUUUUGAUGACGCAAUAUGGUACUCAUCUGAUUUUGCUACCAUGUAAAUUUUAAUGUGGAGUAGUGUGAUAUGAAGCUCUAAAAUCGACCAAAUCCCUAACCCCAACCUCAGAACCAUUCAAAUACAGUGUUGGUAGCAUAAUCUGAAGGGUAGGAUAAAAUGUCAGGACACCAGCAGCUAUUGACUUACAUAGCGUUUUUUUACAAUGUAAGUAAAUGGCUACAGGUUACCAGCAUUCUUUAAAAUAUCUGCUUUUGUGUUCAACAGUAGAAAGAAACUCAUAAAUGAUGAGUAAUUUUUCAUUUCUGCGUGAACUAACUCUUUAAAUUGACUAAAAUGGGACUCUGUAAGCCUAUAAGUAAGGGACUUUAUACUGUAUAAUAUGCUGGGGCUUUGCAAUUUGAUUGAAUAGUGGCCUUUUUAACACUGUCCUUUUACAAUGUUUCAUUGUUUAUUUUGAAAUCUCAUACUAAGGUUCAUUUGUGGGAUGACUUGGCAUUUAUUUAUCUACCCUUAUCUUAUUGAUCACUUGUAUUUUUGUUUUUUUAAGAUGCUGGUUUUGCAUAAGCUCUGCUGAGCGUGCACACAAUAGAGUUUUUAUUCCCACUAUAAUAAUAAUGGAAAUCUCAUGUAGGUGAACGUAAAACUUCUGCAAUAUGAAAUCUUGUAAAUACGAAUGUCCUAGUUCAAACAUAGGGUCACUUUUAUGGUACUGUAAUAUGUAGUUUAUGGGAACAGUAUAUUAGUGGUCGGAGGAUAUACGUCUCCUAAGGGUAUAAAUAUAUGUAGUUAUUUAAUGUUGGUAUUUUAAUUAAGUGUGAUACUGUAUAUAACAAUAUAUGUAUAUUGCUCUGAACAGUUUUGGUUGUUAUAGGAGGUAAUAAUGCUCUUUUGUACCGGAUUUACUUAGAAUUCGACACCAUUAAAGGUUUCUUUAACUUUCAUUUUAA